AUGGCCUCCCAGCCACCAUUCGUACAACAAGGUCACGUGUGGUUCUCGGACCCCGGACAAUCACCAGGUGAUCUUGAUGCUCAUGGCAAGGGCAAGGAGUAG